UGGGAACGCAUUUUAGCUUAUAAGAAAUUGAACAUGGAAGAUGACAACCAGAGUAGAUACAUCCACACAGAUGAUCUGAAACGUAACACAAGUGCGGUGCGGCAUAUCUUAAGACGAGAAAAGAAAGAAGAGAACCGAACAAGAUAAUAAAAGGGAAGUUGAAUUCAAAUGGCUGAAGGCUUCUUACCCACCGCCAUCCCUUCCACUUGGUUCGAGGAAAGCUUGCGUUGGUGGAACCCACCUUUUUCGUCCCCGACUGGGUUAUCUCACAGGGGCUUCCGCUUCUCCCUCCCUCUCCCUCUCUCUCUUUUCUCCAUUUCAAACUGCAGCCGACGCCAACGUUGCACCCGCGAGGUAACCAAGCGACGGAAUGCCCACCGGAGAAUGCUGCCUUCUAAAUUUCAGGCCGGCGUAGAUUGCCUCCUCGGGCACCACCUGCUGCUUCCUUCCCGGAGUUUGAUGAAUCCAAGGCUUUUCUUUCUCCUCGCUCUCCUUUCGGUAGCGUGGACACCUUGCCGAUCGCAGCCGCCCUCUCCAGGCAGCGAUACCGUGUCGUUCAAGCCCAGCAUCGCGGUGAUAGUCGGCGUCCUUUCCAUCAUGUUCUCCCUCACCUUCCUGCUCCUCAUCUAUGCCAAAUUCUGUCAGAUUCCCGGUCGAGCUGCCGGUUUUUACGCAGUGAACGAGGACCAGGUGCUUCCUCGAACGCGGACGGGGCGCGAGUCUGGCGUGGACCGGCGGAUCGUGGAGUCGCUUCCUUUCUUCCUGUUCUCGGCUCUCAGGGGAUCCAAGGAAGGCCUGGAGUGCUCCGUCUGCCUGUCGAGAUUCGACGACAAGGAGGUUCUCCGGCUCCUGCCGAAGUGCAAGCACGCCUUCCACAUCACCUGCAUCGACCGGUGGCUCGAGAGUCACUCGAGCUGCCCGCUUUGCCGCCGGCAGGUCGAGUCCGCCGACCUACUACUCGCGCACUCGUCUCGCAUCUCCCGCAACCCCUCCAAUCUCACGGAUGACGCCGGCAUCGAGCUGUUCGUCCGGCGGGAGGAGGCCGAGGCCGAGGGAUCAUCGUCGCUGUCGUCGUUCAGGCUCGGGAGCUUUCGGCAAGUACGGGAGAAGGUCAAGGAGGAGCCGCUUCUCGAGCCGGAGUCCGCCGCGGACCCGCGCUUCCUUCACCGGUUCAAGCACCGGAUCAUAAUUUCUGACGUGGUCUACAAGCACAGGUGGAGCGACGUCAACUCCGCCGAUCUAAUGCUGCUGAACUCGGAGAUGCUCCGCGACGGCACAAGCAAGCGGUUCUCCGCCACCGCGGCAGAGUCCGUGAGCGACCAGAUCGGAUCCGGGGAGCCCUUGCCGGAAUCCGGCGAUAAGAUCAGGAAGAUCAAGGUAGAGAUGGAGAAGAAGAGGCUUCUGGAGAUGAAGGCCAGCAAGCUCAAACCGGACAAUUCAGCGCUUCCGUCAUCGUUAUCUUCUCCUUCCUCGCCGUCGUCUCCGGCCAUCGCCGGCGAUGCUGCGAGAGUCGUGCCGGGAAAACGGUCGAUGUCAGAGAUCGUGAACGUGGCAAGGUUUUUGGAUCUCGGGGCGAAGAUCCGGACGAAGGAAAUGAACCCGGAUGAUGGGGUUGGGAACGAGGACAGCGUGCGGAAGGUGUGGCUGCCAAUCGCCAGGAGGACGGUGCUGUGGUUUACGGGGAGGGAGAGAAGGUCUCAGCCAGGGAAUUCCCUCGUUUGAGAACCCGUCGUUUGGAUAUCGUGGAAUUGGUUUUCCUCCCGCAGCUCUGCCUCCUCAGCCAUCGUCGCAUGGCACGCGGGAUUCGCAAUUCCACAUGCCACUCUUUCCCAACGAUUCCGUUAGGUUGCGUGAAAUCGUGUUUGACUUCCCAGGAAUCCCCGAUUCCGGGCGUUAGAAUUCCUUUAUCAUUAUUUUUAAGGCCGGUUAGAACGAGGGACUAUUAAUUCCGGAUCCUGGAUCGGAUUCAAUUUCCCCCCUUUUGUAAAUCUCAAACAUUUGAAACAACCGCCAAGGACUUGAGGUUGUCCGUCACAAUUCCCUAGCCAUGGAUUUCCGUGUCCAACAACAGCAUGCAUCCAAACAGAUGACAAAGAAAAAAAAAAAGCGGAACAUUCUUUAUUGUUAAUUUCAAUCAUAUUGGCGUGCUUGCAUGUACGCUUUCUUGGUAUUUUUGGGAUUUGACAAUUCUUCCUUGCGUGUCCUAAUGAUUUUGUAUAUGUAUUACUUUUUAAUGGCAGGUUGCUAA